AUGGUCUACGGUCGGAGUCAAGCGUGGCGAGUGGCUCUACGUUCAACAUCUCGCCAAUAUAGCACAGCCAGGCCAUCAUGUCUAAGAUGUCAGACCCACCUCUCCACUCGCACAUCUCCAGCCCUCCUUGCGCAAACUGCACGGCCGCUGCGCAGUGAUCUUCGCGCAAUUCUGCAGGCCUCACGAGACUUUUCAGUAUCGCCUGCGCGGAGAAAAGAGGAUAAGCCCGCUGGAUCGCCGGACGAGGUUGCGGUGAUUCUAGAGGAAAAAGCAGAAGAUGUGGCAAAGCGGGCACGGCAGGAGAGCGAAGCUCUAGAGGCGAAAGGCAAAUCGUCCGAGCCUACACCUUUCCCCGGCGGUGAUGGCAAGGCAGCUGCCGCUGGCGCUGGAGGUGGAGACAGCGGCGACUCGGGAGAUGGACCAGGCCGGAAACGAAAGAACCCAGCAGGCAAAGAGCUUGCUCGGCCUCAAGUACCCGAUGUAUACCCACAGGUCCUGGCGAUCCCUAUAGCGCAACGACCGCUAUUUCCAGGAUUUUACAAAGCCAUCACCAUCCGCGAUCAGGCCGUCAUCUCCGCUGUGCAGGAGCUUCUGAAGCGAGGACAGAGCUACGUGGGCGCAUUUCUUCUCAAGGACCCGAACAGCGGUCAAGACGUCAUCAACCACCCGGACGAGGUUUACGACGUCGGAACGUUCUGUCAGGUCACAGGCGCGUUCCCAGCAGGACACGGCGAUGACAAGGCACUUCAAGCUGUGCUAUACCCCCAUCGCCGCAUCAAGCUCAGUGAACUCAUCCCGCCGAACAAAAACUCACCCAUCAGCGUUGCAACCGUGGAGGCUCCUGCAGACGCUGCGUCGACAUCAGAGGUCACCAAGCCUGAAGAGACAACACCACCGACCCCGCCAACAACCCCGACGCCCACACCAACACAGGCUGACGAGAAGAAAGGCGAUGUUGUGGCCAGCUUCGAGGAAGCCAGCGCAGAGAAAGGAAAGGAGCUAGAUCAGUCGCAAGCUGUGGUUCAGCCCAAUGACUUUUUGCGGGAGUGGCCUGUCAGUCUGGUCAAGGUUGACAACCUGGCCGAUGAGCCAUUCGAAAAGAAGUCGCCGACCAUUCGAGCCUUGGUGUCCGAGAUUGUCAACACUUGUAAAGAGAUUGGCAAUGUCAACCAUCUCUUCCGUGACCACAUUUCUGCAUUUGCCAUGUCCCAGUCGGCAGCCAAUAUCGCCGACGAACCUGCCAAGCUGGCCGACUUCGCCGCCGCCGUAUCUGGCGGCGACAUGGAGGAGGCGCAGAGCGUGCUUAAUGCCCUGAACAUCGAACAGCGUCUCAGCAAAGCACUGGAGUUGAUCAAGAAAGAGCAAAUGAACGCGGCGCUUAGCAGUAAAAUCUCGAAGGAUGUCGAGAGCAAAAUCCAGAAGCGUCAGCGGGAAUACUGGUUGAUGGAGCAGAUGAAGGGAAUUCGAAGAGAGCUCGGUCUUGAGAGCGAUGGAAAGGACAAGCUCGUUGAGAAGUUCAAGGAGAAGGCCACCAAGCUGGCCAUGCCCGACGUUGUCAAAAAGGUGUUCGACGAGGAGGUCAAUAAGCUUGCCCACUUGGAACCUGCUGCCAGCGAAUUUAAUGUCACUCGGAAUUACCUCGACUGGUUGACUCAGAUUCCUUGGGGUCAACGGAGCGCAGAAAACUUCGGAAUUCAACACGCAAAAGACGUCCUGGACACAGAUCAUCAUGGAUUGAAAGACGUCAAGGAUCGUAUCUUGGAAUUCAUCGCGGUCGGCAAGCUCCGUGGAACAGUAGAAGGAAAGAUUCUCUGCAUGGUCGGCCCGCCAGGUGUCGGAAAGACCAGUAUCGGCAAGUCUAUCGCGAGAGCAUUGAACCGCCAAUACUACCGCUUCAGUGUCGGAGGUUUGACGGAUGUUGCUGAGAUCAAAGGUCAUCGAAGGACUUAUGUCGGAGCACUACCUGGUCGCAUCAUUCAAGCGCUGAAGAAGUGCCAGACCGAAAACCCCCUCAUCCUCAUCGACGAAGUCGACAAGAUCGGCCGCGGCCACCAAGGUGAUCCUUCCAGUGCGUUGCUAGAGUUGCUAGAUCCAGAACAGAACAACUCCUUCUUGGACCAUUACAUGGAUGUACCAGUCGACCUUUCAAAAGUGCUUUUCGUCUGCACUGCAAACACCACAGAGACUAUUCCACGACCGCUCCUGGAUCGUAUGGAGCUGAUUCAAUUGUCAGGAUACGUUGCCGAUGAGAAAAUGGCUAUUGCGGAUCGAUACCUUGCGCCACAGGCAAAGGAAAUGAGUGGUCUUAAGAAUGUGGACGUUCAGUUGGAGCAAGACGCGAUUACUGAGCUCAUCAACAAAUACUGUCGCGAGUCUGGUGUGCGAAACCUGAAGAAGCAAAUCGAGAAGGUCUAUCGCAAAGCCGCACUCAAGAUCAUCCAAGAUCUGGGAGAAGACGCUUUCGCCGAAGAAAAGGCGCUUACUGAAGAGGGCAAGACGGCAGCUGAGGAGUCCAAGAAGGAUGAAACCGACGCCGCAGAGACUUCCGCAAACAUCGAGAACGAGACAACCGAGAAGCCUCGCAUUGCCCUGAAGGUACCCGAUUCAGUCAAGGUCUCCAUCGACCAAUCCAACCUCAAAGACUACGUUGGCCCGCCAGUCUUCACCUCCGACCGCCUCUACGAAAUCACUCCCCCUGGUGUCGCCAUGGGUCUCGCAUGGUCCCAAAUGGGCGGCGCCGCCAUGUACGUCGAAUCGAUCCUCGAAGCAGCCCUCUCACACUCCACAAAUCCAUCCCUGGAACGCACCGGUAACCUCAAAGCCGUCAUGAAAGAAUCCACCCAAAUCGCCUACAGCUUCGCCAAAGGCUUCAUGGCCAGGCGAUACCCGGAGAACCGUUUCUUUGAGAAAGCCAAAAUCCAUCUCCACUGCCCCGAAGGCGCGGUCCAGAAGGACGGCCCCAGCGCCGGUAUCACCAUGGCUAGCAGUCUCCUCUCCCUCGCCAUGGACCGCAAGCUGGACCCCACCAUCGCCAUGACCGGUGAAUUGACCGUCACGGGCAAGGUCCUACGCAUCGGCGGUCUCCGCGAGAAGACCGUCGCCGCGCGAAGAGCCGGUGCGACCAUGGUCAUUUUCCCCAAGGACAACGUCAGCGACUGGCUCGAACUCCCCGAGAACAUCAAAGAAGGUAUCGAGGGCAAACCCGUCGACUGGUACUCCGACGUCUUCGACCUCGUCUUCCCGGACGUCGACGCCGCGCAGGUCAACAACCUCUGGAAAUCUCAGCUCGCGAAACCGGCCAAGGAGAAGAACGACAAGGAGGAUGACUGA